AUGGCUUCUUCAAGCUAUCCUGAUGUAUUAGCUUGGAUUCAGACACUUCCUCCAAUUUCUCAAUGGAAACAAAAUCCAAUGUCUAUCACCAUACUUUCUUCUUCUUCUUCUACCUCCACUACUUCUAGUCCUUCCCUGAAGCUUUCCGUCUGGAAGAACCAUCACUCUCCAACAACAGUCUUCUUCUCCAUAUCCACUGAUCUCACCUUGACCAUAUCUCUCUGGUCCUCAAAACCCAUCAACACAAACUCCAAUGACCCCCUCAGGUUGCUAGGAAGCGAAUCGAUCUCCUUCCUCUUAACGAACUUCAUCGAGGACAUCCUCAGUUACGGCCCUUACAAGUGCAGCAGCAGGUCCUCCUCUGUCAAAAUACCGAAGCUCGACAGUCUCCCAAACUUUAAGGCCAUAUUCAACCUCUCAUUUCUCACACUAACCCUCCUGGUAUGCAUCUACGAGGCACCUCCCGAGAUCAGGUCCCAGUCCCUGGCCACCCUGAAGAACCAGCUCAUUGAUCCUCAGAUGAGAAAAGCCUCGAGAUCGCUCAUGAGGAUGAUGGGGUCGAACCUCGAAGAGCAGUGGAUGAGGUCCAUUAAUCUGGCCAUCACAAACUGGAUCGUCGAGCUUCAGGCUGCUGCUCACAGGAGUUUCAGGACGCCUUCCCCGUUGUUCUCUUGCUCGUUCUCGGCCUUGGGGCUGUGGAAAGUUCAGCUGUACUGCCCUGUUAUAGCCAUGGACAUGGAGAGCUCCAGUGGGUCCUCAGCUGAUGAGAAACUCCUCUUCUCCCUGAAGUAUCAGCAGCUUGAAGGAGUCAUGCAGUUCAAUUAUGAGGUCGUCGAGCAAGAGAAGUGGGUCGACGUGACUGUGUACACAGACAACAUAAGGUGCGACAUUUACCGGCUAGUCAACGAAACCUUGAUGGGAGAACGAGGAGUUGGGUCAGAAGAGAAGCAUUUCCCAUCUCGAAUCGCAGUCCACAUCACGCCAAUCCUGCAGACGAACAUAAUAAGCGUGUCAGUAAGCAGCUCAUCAGCCAACCCGACCAGAGAAAUCGAGCUGGAGAAGGGGAUAGAGACUUCCUUCGACCCGCCAAACAGCUUGGGGCUGAAGCUCUCGGCCGGAGAGACCGUGUCGAUGAGCUUGAAGCCAUGGAAGUUCGAAGGCUCGGUGUACGCUUACAGUGCGGUGUUCAGCUGGUUUCUGCACGAUAACAUGGACGGGAGAGAGGUGGUUUCGUCCAAGCCUUCGGCCUUGGCGCUGAUCAACCCUAGAGCAUGGUUCAAGGACCGGUACAGGACGGCUUAUCGGCCGUUUACAAGGCAAGGUGGAGUGGUGUUUGCUGGAAGUGAAUAUGGGAAGAGCAUAACUUGGAAGGUGGAUAAAGCUGCUAAGGGGAAGACGAUGGAGUUUGAGAUCAAGGGGUGGAUUUGGCUCACUUAUUGGCCUAACAAGUACAGGACUUUUUACAGUGAGACCAGGAGGCUGGAGUUCAGGGAAACAGUCCAGCUCACCAUAGCUUAG